ACAAGGAAAUGGUGCAGGGAGGGGGUUCCCGGCGCUGGGGGCGCUGAUCCCGCCGCGCCCCCCUCCCCCAUGGGUGAGCCAUGGACUACGAGUUCAAAUCCAAGCUGGCGGCCGAGCGCGAGCGGGUGGAGGAUCUGUUCGAGUACGAGGGCUGCAAAGUGGGGAGAGGCACCUACGGGCACGUCUACAAAGCGCGGCGCAAGGACGGAAAAGAUGAAAAGGAGUAUGCACUGAAGCAAAUUGAAGGUACAGGGAUAUCGAUGUCGGCCUGUAGAGAGAUUGCACUUUUACGAGAAUUGAAGCACCCCAAUGUGAUUGCAUUACAGAAGGUUUUCCUUUCUCACAGUGAUAGAAAGGUUUGGCUGCUGUUUGAUUAUGCCGAACAUGAUUUGUGGCAUAUUAUCAAGUUUCACCGUGCCUCAAAAGCAAAUAAAAAGCCCAUGCAGUUGCCAAGAUCUAUGGUUAAAUCACUACUCUACCAGAUCCUUGAUGGAAUCCAUUACCUCCAUGCAAACUGGGUGCUUCACAGGGACCUGAAACCAGCAAACAUUCUGGUAAUGGGAGAAGGUCCUGAAAGAGGAAGAGUCAAAAUAGCUGACAUGGGUUUUGCAAGAUUGUUCAAUUCACCUCUGAAACCUUUAGCAGAUUUGGAUCCAGUUGUGGUGACAUUCUGGUAUAGAGCUCCAGAACUGUUACUUGGUGCCAGACAUUACACAAAAGCAAUUGAUAUUUGGGCAAUUGGGUGUAUAUUUGCUGAGCUAUUGACUUCAGAACCUAUUUUUCACUGUCGUCAGGAAGACAUCAAAACGAGCAAUCCUUUUCAUCAUGAUCAGCUAGACCGCAUUUUUAGUGUAAUGGGAUUCCCAGCAGAUAAAGACUGGGAAGAUAUAAGGAAGAUGCCAGAAUAUCCCACACUUCAAAAAGACUUUAGGAGAACAACAUAUGCCAAUAGUAGCCUCAUAAAAUACAUGGAGAAACACAAAGUCAAGCCUGACAGUAAAGUUUUCCUUUUGCUUCAAAAACUUCUUACCAUGGAUCCUACGAAGAGAAUUACCUCAGAGCAGGCUUUGCAGGAUCCCUAUUUCCAGGAGGAUCCAUUGCCUACGUCAGAUGUGUUUGCUGGCUGCCAGAUUCCUUAUCCAAAACGAGAAUUCCUCAAUGAGGAUGAACCCGAAGAAAAAGGAGAUAAGAAUCAACAGCAACAGAAUCAACAUCAGCAACAAACAGCACCUCAGCAGCAACCGCAAGCAGCACCUCAGCAACAGCAGCAGCAACAGCAAAACAGUACCCAGACAAAUGGGACUGCAGGAGGAGGUGGAGCAGGAGGAGGAGGCACUGGGGCAGGACUUCAGCACAGCCAGGACUCCAGCCUCAAUCAGGUGCCUCCAAAUAAGAAACCACGCAUAGGGCCUUCAGGCACUAACUCAGGCGGGCCUGUCAUGCCUUCAGAUUAUCAGCACUCCAGUUCACGCCUGAGUUACCAAAGCAACAUUCAGGGAUCUUCUCAGUCCCAGAGUACAAUGGGCUAUUCCACAUCAUCUCAACAGAGCUCUCAGUAUCAUCAGUCUCAUCAGUCUCAUAGGUACUGAGACCUAAUAGACUGCGCUUAGAAAGGAAUGGACUAAAAGUCAAAAGACUCCAGCAAUAUGAAGUUCCUAACAAUGAGAAGAACCAAAAAUGCAAACUGUGAUACAAAUUUAAAAUUCACAAUUAUAAAAGGAAAACUUUAUUUACGGAAGAUUUUUUUUUCAAUGACUCUGUUCCUUCUUUAUUGCCAUAAAGGAGAUUCUUGUGAAGUGCCCCCCGCCCUCCCGCGUGCUUCCCUCGCAUGUGUUCCAUUGUGGUAACUCUAAUGAAACCGUCUGAUCUGAACCCAGCACUUAACUUCUUUAACCUAUGGAAUUUUUGAAGGAUUCCUGGUGCACCUUUCUCAUGCUGUAGUGAUCGCCAUAAAUCUAUCUUUUCAAAUCUCUUUAAUGUGAUUUUAAAGUUUUAAAAUCUUGAACUCCCAGGCUUUCAAGCUUGUAUAUAGUUAGUUUUAUACUAGGCAAACCAGUUUAGCUAUACAGGUAUAAUGCACCUUUUAAAAGCACUAUGUUUUUUUCACAGGAUAUUACUGUUUUCCUCAUGGAUGUCAAGAACAGCAAAUUUUACUGUUCCAGAGUAUUUUACUAUUCUGUUUGUAUUAGUCUAGUUUUCAGGCGAUGUCUU